AUGCCCACAAAGGAAGCUGUAGAAGCUACCCCUGGAACUCCUCUCACAAAAGAAGAAGCGAUUAAAUUACAAGCCCAAGGCCAACUUCCAAAAGAUUUCAAUCCUGAGACGCAGACUGCGAGUGUGCAUAAAAUAAAAAGCGGUGACCAAGAAAUCAUGGUGAUAAUGGUCGAUGCGCCACCGUGUGGAUGCGUUCGUCUGCCGACUGGAAAGAAAAAGCGAUGUAGUAAACACAAAGAGGAGCGUAGAGCACGAAUGAGGAUGAAGAAGGCGAAGAAGACGAAGAAGAAGGCGGUGAUGGACGAUGAUAAAAAGAUGGUGAAGGACGACGACAGUGACAGGAAGAAGGUCGUCGAACUUCGACAUGCUGGCGAUUCUGUGAGUGAUGAUGACAAGCCGGUCGACGGCGCUCUCACCCCUGACAAGAUCUGCGCAUUAGGUCCUGUCGGUGUAGCUGUGUUGGUGGAGGUGAAAGCUGAGGGAUCCGACCUCGGCCCGAGAGCCCACAUCGACAAACCGAUGAGAGGAAUUCUGGUAAAAGGACCUCAUGACACUCCACAAUUUGUCCCGGAAGAAAAGACUCCUAAAGAUGCAAAUGGUCAACCAAAGUAUCAAAAUUACACAAAAGGACAGCUCUGCAAAGGUGCUCAUGGUGAAGCCAUUUUCUAUGCUGAUGAUGAGUGCCAGCCUGACGAUCGGGGUUAUCCGAAGAACGUAGAGGUAAAAGGAGUAGACAAAGGUCUCCAAAACAAGAUUGGAGAGACGGUCUGCUCACCAUGCGAGGUCGACGUGAACGAAAGAGGAAUGCCGGUGCUCAAGCAAAUCACCAAUGAAAACAAUGCUCCUAAAGAAAAGAAUGCGACUGUGGGUAUACUGACGAAGAACAAUGAAGGAAUCGUCGUAUUCACUCAAACCGGAGGGCAAGAGAUCGGCGCUAAAGAAGGUGGGGCGAACAUUCCCACAACUCCUAACGAUAAUGUGGCACCAAAUGAUGUGAUAGGAAAAGUGGUCUCCAAUAAGGAAGGUACUCACCAUGUAAUACCAGCAAACCAAGCAGUGAAGCAGGAUGAGAAAGUCAUUGGUAUGGUGCUCCAGGGCAACUACAGUGAGCCCGUCUUCGUCAAGGAUCCGAAAGCAACUGGAGGCACUGCUGCCACGGGAGCAGUGAACAAUGCUGAGGCGGCCAACAAGACGCAUGGCCAACAAAUUGCAAACGCCAACAUUCUAGUUCAGAGCAAGUUGCAGAAUAAAACUCCGGAAGAAGUGAAAAAAGAGCAAGCAUUAAGCACUUCUGCUGAACCCAGUUCGUCUAGGCCUGCCGCACCCAUUCCUGGCAAGAGUGCCCAAACUGAAGGAGGUGUGGUUUCAUCCGUAGCCCACGGCGGCGGAAAAGGAACCACCAGCUUCUAUGUAGGACCAGGGGCAUAUGCGUCGACUCAAGGCGGAGGAGCUCAGGCCCAAGGCGGAGGAGCGCAGGCUCAAGCUAGACCGAAGGGUCAACAGCCUCUAGCUGCAUUUAAGCUAGACGCAGGCGGUGGAGUCCAGAGUGUAUUUAUUACGGACCGCUACCUUGGCGGAUACGGUGGCGGUGGCCAAAAAAGCACGUACGGUGGUGGCGGCGCUGGAGGAGGCCAAAGCAUGCACGGUGGUGGUGGCGGUGGCGGAGGCCAAAGCAUGCACGGUGGUGGCGGCGCUGGCGGAGGCCAAAGCAUGCACGGUGGUGGCGGCGCUGGCGGAGGCCAAAGCAUGCACGGUGGUGAUGGCGGUGGCGGAGGCCAAAAAAGCACGUACGUUGGUGGCGGCGCUGGCGGAGGCCAAAGCAUGCACGGUGGUGGUGGCGGUGGCGGAGUCCAAAAAAGCACGUACGUUGGUGGCGGCGCUGGCGGAGGCCAAAGCAUGCACGCUGGUGGUGGUGGUGGUGCCAGUAGUGGAGGCGGUGCCAGCGGUGGUGCUUUCAGCGGCGGUGUCCAAAGCGUCUACGCUCGAGGUGGCGGUGGCGCAAGACCAUCAGGAUCAAGUGCGGAGACUAUUUUAAAGAAACAAGCUCCACCUGCGGCUUUCACUAACACACAUAGCGUGUACUUGUGA